GGUGCAAACCAUAGGACCACCCAUCAACAAUCCCAAUAUGGAGUGUACCAAGGACACCACCCAGGACACAGGUCCAGACCAGCUUCAACAAUCCGUUGCCACCGGCUGGGCUACCUUUCUCGCUGCCCAGCAUUGGUCCCGGGAAGUAGAUGCCCUCAGAAGGUCCCUCAACGAGCACAUCAAGCAGACAAGCACACAGCAUGAGCUUUUGUCCGUUGCUGUUGUGCAGUCCAAACCAAGCUCUCCUGUUACUGAAGCCAGCCUUGAAAACCACCUCGAAUCAUUGCGGCAGGAAAUGACGGAGAGCAUGUCUCAGCUCUCGCAAAAAAUUACAUCUCACGAGGAGAGAACUGAACAUCUCCGGUCUCUCACAUCUGAUGAUAUCAAGGACGUUCAAGAGAAGUACUUAUCAGCGCUCGGCAUGGUCGAAUACCUGCAGGGGGAGCUACGAGACAUGAGAUCAGACAAGGUCAACACUGAAAACAAGCUCACGGCGCUAGAGCGAGAUACUGAAAACAAACUCACGGCACUGGGACGCCAGAUUGCUGCUCUACUACCGCCUCAAACACCAUUGCCCGACGAGGCCGUCAGCUUCCUCAACCAGCUAGUCUCUCGUCGUGCUGAAGUGAUGAGAAUCCUCAGCCUCCCCUGCCAUGAAGAGUUCACACAGUUGCAGCAAACCCAUGUCACUGGAGCCACUGCCAACCCCGAGCAUACUACCAUACCGACAAACCCGCCUAGGCUCGAUAACACAAACACCACACCCACUUCAGCACCAUCCAUCACAGACAUUCAAAUCCACGUGCCGGACAGAGGGCAGAGGCAGAACACAGUGAGCAAACACAGUCAGCCCCACAUGGCGGUUAUCACUCGAAAGCAGCCCAAACGGAAGGCCGCAGAGCCUCCCCAGAAACAACCCAGUCCAAAAAGGGCCAUGCCACUGGGGACAUCUUCAACCAAAACCAGCCUCGUUAACCCGCCAAAGACGGUCCCUGCUGAUGCCCAGGACACCAAGGAUCUCUACCACCGGUUCCGGAGCCGGUAUGACACCAACCCGCCCCAGGAUCAAGUAAGAGGCAUCUGGAGAUUCAUCAACCAGAUAAAGAAUCCCGACGUCGCAAAGCAUCUUCAGGAGUCUCUUGUCAUCUCCCUGCCCGAGUACGUGAAGUUGGGUUCAAGAAGUCGACUGGCGACACAAGUCAACGGCGUCCAGAGAAUUUUCAUUACGAUAUCCGGGAAAGUGACCUGGAAGAUGUUCUCUGAGGCGUUUGACAAGUAUGCGGCUUUGCAUUUGAAGGAGUGAAUGUGGCUACCAGGAGAUUGAUGACAUUGAUGAUGAUGAGAAUGGUGCAGUGGAUGGAAUGAUACGAAGUAUGAGCGAACCGAAAAUUUGCUGGAAAUUUGCUUCACAUAAGACGAUGUAGCUUGGCAGAUAUGGGUGAAGGAUGGAUGGGGGUUGUAGGUAUGGGGUUUCUGUGGUCCAUGUACAUUAUCGACAGAUUUGCUAUUUAGGCCACUUGCAGGAGCUUUCUCAUCCACAAUGGCUGUAUCAUAACAUCCUUGACAAGCAGUCCACUUAUAAGUAUGGGAA